AAUCGGUUAAAGUCAGGACCGGCCGGUCAAGUGCCUCUCAGGAAAUCAGAUAUCGACUUAAAACGGCAGCGUUUAGCAUUUCGCCAUAAAGGCAGGAGACAAAUUCCGUGCAAAAGCUCCGGUGGUUCUUCUACACCGCAGUGUGUUUUCCCGGCGCUCUUCAACUUCGCGCUUAGGGCACCUGUCUUCUCCGACUUCAAUUCGAGUUCUAUUGAGAUCCGUAACCGCUACUUCUGCAAGGUGAAAUUUGGAAAGAAACGAUGGGAAUCAUAGAAAACGGAACGAUAUCAGGUAACUUGCCGAGCAAGGAGGCAUUUGUAGUGCACUACCCUGGUUAUCCAUCUUCUAUUUCCCGAGCCCUAGAGACUCUUGGGGGAAUCCAAGGAAUCACAACCGCAAGAGAAUCAACGUCAAACAAGCUUGAGCUACAUUUUCGCCCUGAAGACCCUUAUGCACAUCCUGCCUGGGGAGUACAACGUCCUUGCAAUGGUUUUCUGUUAAAAAUUUCUAAGGAGGAUGUUAAGAAAGAUUCUCUGCUUGAAACUCAACCUGUUCUUCCCACUACUGAUGCAUCAGAAGCUUCCCCAGCUCUCUGUGCUGAUAUCGUAGCUCGUGUGUCUGAAUCGUAUUGCUUCGAUGGCAUGGCCGACUACCAGCAUGUUAUUCCUAUUCACGCGACUACUGCACAGCAGAAGAAGAGAAAAUGGAUGGAGGUGAAGUCUCUUGCAGGCGACAAUGAUCUAAUGGACAUGGCUGAUGAAGAUGUAAUGAUGUUAUUGCCACAGUUCUUUGCACCCAAAGAUAUGCCAGACAACUUGGUGCUGAGACUUCCAGUAACAUCUGCCCCAAAAAAGAAAGAUGAGGCAGCGACCCAAAAUCUUGACGAGAUAGAUAUUGGCCCAGUCUUUGCAAUUGAUUUUAGUGUCACAGAGAUCCCAAAGAUAUUGAACUGGAAAGAGUUUAUUGCUCCGAGUUCCAACCAAUGGCAAUGGCAGGUAGCAGUGUCUGCGUUGUUUGAAGAGCGACCUGUGUGGACAAGAGAUUCCAUAGUCCAACGGCUACUUGAUAAAGGUCUUACAUGCACACAUCAUAUGCUAAACAGGUUUCUUCUUAGGGCUGCAUAUUAUUUCUCGGGUGGUCCGUUUCUUAGGUUCUGGAUUAAAAGAGGCUAUGAUCCACGGAAAGAUCCUGAGUCUCGUGUAUUCCAAAGAAUGGAAUUCAGGGUCCCACCUGAAUUAAGGGGUUAUUGUGAUGCUAAUGCAACUAAUAAGUCAAAGCCAAGCUGGGAUGACAUUUGUGCGUUUAAAGUAUUUCCUUUCAAAUGCCAAACAUUUCUACAGUUGUUUGAACUUGACGACGAGUACAUUCAACGAGAGAUAAGAAAGCCUCCCAAGCAGACUACUUGUAAUUAUAAAACAGGAUGGUUCUCAGAAGCUCUGCUUGAUAAUUUGAGACUCCGUGUAGCUGUGAGGUUUGUAUCUGUGUAUCCUGAGCCAGGUUUUGAAGAUGUUUUUAAAUCUAUUCAAGAAGAGUUUGAGAGGUCAGAGAAGACACGACUUCAGAAAGACGCACUGAAAUCAUGUCAACUAGAUCACCAGGAAAAAACUAAGGAUGGGGAAGAUAUGAAAAGGUAUAAAAACGGAAACAAAGAGAAAGAGGGUGAUGUUAAUGCGGAUGAAGAUGAAGACGAAGAUGCUGAAGACAUGGAUGAUGAAUACGAGGAACGUGAUGUUGCUGCAAAUGAUGAUGAGAUGUCGUUAAGCUCGCAUGGAUAUGGUGACAUGGAGAAAAACUCGAGAACAUAUCUACAAGGUUUGUUCGACAGGUUUCCAAGCAGUAAACCAGCUUUGAAUGGUUCUCUUGACGGAAGCGAUGGGGAGUAUCAGAUUUACGAGGAAGAAUCCAACGCUUUGGAUGAUGAUGAUAAUGAUGAUGAUGAUGAGUGAAGAACUUUGAAUAUAAUGUGUACAUUUUUUAUUUUCGAAACUAAUAGGAGGGUCAUAAAGGUAAAUAUUAAAGUGUGAAGAUCCAUUGUGCAAUUAAAAAGAAUCUAGUUUAUUAAGAUUUAAAUAUGCGAAUACCGCU